AUGACACUGUGGCUGGCUGCCGUCGCCAGCUCUUCGUUUGUACCCGCUCAGUAUUUCUGGAUCUUCCUACUUUUCCGUGGUAUCGUCGGAAUCGGUGAGGCGUCCUAUGCAAGCGUUUGUCCGUCGAUUAUCUCUGAUAUGUUUUAUGGCAAGGCGAGAAGUCACAUGUACAUGUUGUUCUACCUUGCUAUACCAGUAGGAAGUGGGCUCGGUUUCGUAGUGGGAACAAAAGUCGCUAGUUUAAUGGGUGCUUGGCAAUGGGGAAUACGAAUCAGCGUAAUCGCAGGAAUUAUUGCGUUGGUGUUGCUGGUUGUGCUUGUCAGCGAACCGAAACGCGGUGCAGCAGAAGAAGUUGUGGGAGCAAAACUGCAACUCGAUGGUGCAUCGUCGUUCUGGCAAGAUAUCAAAUCCCUGGCUUGCAUACCAACAUUUCUUCUAUGCACUUGUGCCUACGCUGCUUUGGUAUUCGUGACAGGAACAUUGACGUGGUGGGAGCCAACAAUUAUUAAGCACUCAAUCGCCUGGGAUCUGGGUCUUAACGACACUCAACUACUUCCGAAUAAUAAAAAGAAUGACAUUGGUUUGAUUUUCGGAGCGAUCAUAGCCGUAUCAGGUCUUAUCGGUGUUUCAGUGGGAAUGCUUCUAUCACACAUGAUACGUCAAGGUCGUGGUAUUUUUCGUGCACUUAAAACCGAACGAGCGCCACCGAUCGUUUCCGGAGUGGGAGUGCUAAUCACUGCACCGAUUCUACUUCUCAUGAGUGUACUUGGUCAUAAGAGCCUAACAGCUCUAUUGAGUUUGAUGUUCAUUGGAAGCACAUGUCUCAGCUUCAAUUGGAGUCUCAAUGUUGACAUGCUCAUGGUAAGUGAACAGUGA